AUGGUAGACGGCGAUCGAUCAUCGUUGUUUGGAUUCCGCCAGGUUCCUCCUGUAAUUCUGGCUAUCAUGCGGUAUUCCUGUUUUAAUUUGACGAAGAUUGAGGCAAGAGACAGUUACGAUCCUCUGAACCUUAGUCACCCCUUGAGGCUGGGAACGAGGGUGGAACCAGUCGUAGUUACCGGUGCCGGAAGCGAAGGGGCGCGCGAAGGUUGCCGGAUGAAGGGCAAAAGGGAUCACACCGUAGGGGGCUGACACCGAAUCGAACCCAUAGACCUUGACGAGGGCUGCUCGAGACUCGAUACCCCCCCCGCCCCUCCCUCUCCCCCUCGAGGGUUAACCGAUACCGGCAAUUAUCAACGCGUCUUGGUCACCGUUGUUCUUCCCUUCUUCAAGGAAGAAUUCAGUCCACGGCAUGAUUUUUCGUCGAAUGAUCAAUCGUAUGUGUAUUUGAUACUUUCUUGUUACGUGACAUCAACACUUUGGUUAAUCGAUAUUAAUGCUUUAUAUAUUUAUCGAUAUUUGUGUUCCAAUUCAAUAUACUUCCUUCGAUUUAUACUGAUCACUUUCGAGUGAUAUUUUAAGUUAUCUGGUAUAUCAAUUCAUUAAUUUUUUAGAUUGAUUGA